AUGGACCGGCUUAAUUUGUCGAUGCAUGCACAUGUGCUGCGCGAGCACCCGUGCAGGCAGGUGGAUGAGGAGGAGUUGGAGGCGGUGUAUCUGGAGCGCAUCCUGCGCUCACCAGAGGUGGAGGCAUUCGCCAAGGAGCUCAAGCCACAUCAAAAAGCGGUGUUGCCGGGCGGGUCAACGGUGCUGGACCGGGCAGUGAUAGAGCACAACCUGCUCAGCGCCAGCAAGCUGUACACCAACAUCAGCUUUGAAGAGCUGGGUGCUCUGUUGGGCAUUGCACCUCACACGGUGGGUGUGAGGGAAGUAGGGGCGGAGAAGGUGGCGGCGCGCAUGAUAUCGGAGGACAGGAUGAAGGGCAGCAUCGACCAGGUGAGGCACAAACGCAGAGUGCUCGCCAUAAGGUGGCAGCAGCAAUUUGCAAAGAUUUCCGCCCUUCACUCCCCGCUCUCCCUUCCACCCCUCUCUCUAUUCUCUCCCGGCCAUCCCUCACCCGUCGCUCCUGGUGCCCCUCUCAACCCGCGCCCACGCCAGGUGGAGGCGGUGAUUCACUUCGACAAGGACACGGACGACCUGCAGCAGUGGGACCAGCAGGUACACACAAUCAUAUCUGCAUCAGAUUAG